ACGAUGCGGUUAAUACUUGGGGACUUGGGUGAUGCGGGCGGCGGCGCGGGCCAGGGGGCCGCCACGUUCUCCCGCAGGCCGCCACCGCCCCCGCCGCAGCCCCCCGCAUCGGCCAGUGGCGGGGGAGGCACGGUGGCGCCCGAGCUUGACAUCUUUGAGUAUUGCCUCAAUGAUGCCGUGGGGGACCCGCUGCCCGGAGAACCACGCUCCCCCGGCCCCGCCGCCCCCACCCGGGGCUCGGGGGUCAGCGCGGCGGGGGAGCAGCCCGCAGUGCCGGGCUCCCUUCUCUACCAGUGCCGCCCCUUUGCGUGUCGGUUCUGCGCCAAGCGGUUCAAGAGGAAGGACCACCUGGUGGAGCACGAGCGGACGCACACAGGAGAGCGGCCCUACGUGUGCGCGGUGUGCGGCAAGAGUUUUGCUAAGAAGACAAACCUCAACACUCACACGCGUAGCCACCAACAGCAGCAGCAACAACAGCAGCAGCAGCAGCAGUACCUCCAUCACCUGCACGCCGCCUAGCCCCCUCCCUUAAGGCAGGGCAAGCCUCCUUCGCGUGGCACCAGGGGCACACACGCAAAUGGAAAGAAUGUUUCUGUACUGUAUUUUUUACUUGUUCUGACGAAAGUUAUCGCAUAAUAAACGUGUGUUAUACAGA